CACCACCACCAACCAGUCCACCAACCAAUCCGCACGAUGAUAAUUUUCUGAUCUUCUCUGGGGCUUCUUUUGCUUCGUUCUGCAGGCGGCCUAAGGAACGCUCGGUCCAAUCAACCCCGCUAAGCCUGGUUCCACUUCGGUGCUUUGCAGCCCUUUUGCUUCCUCAACCCAAUGCAAUGCUUUGGUUCCUGCGGCUACGUGACGCUGGUGGUUCAGUCCAUUACAGCCAUAGUACACGAUCAAGUGGCAGUCUUUGUUGAGGGUAAUUCCGGGAUCCUGGGUGGCCACAAACGAGGUGAGGAAGGCGAAGAGAGACGCAAAAGAGACAACAACAAGAAAGUCUCUGGCAGCACAAAGAUCGUCUGCAAUAAGAACUUGAGUCAAUCAAUCCAUCAAUCAAUCCUUCCUUGAAGGAACCCCGGAGCAGGGUUCAAGAGCUCUCAUUGUUUCUCUUCCAGCAAAACACCCUGCCCUCCUGAGGGCGUCACCAGUCUUUCGUUACCACCCGGUUUCAUCCUAUGAGACAAGCUAGUAUCGAGGAACAACCCCGAGAUCACCCACUAUGAGGCAUUUUGGAGGUUGGCUCACGACCAAGCCAGGCUAUACUCGAUCUUACUAACCCGGUCAGCCAGAGUUCCCUCCCUGGGUAUAGCCAGCUUGGUUAUUUGUGACUCGCUAGGAUCUCUCUCAAG